AUGCAGUCCGCUGGCAGUAUGGUUGGGACGGAAAAUAGCAGGAGGAGGACACAUACAAGGUACACAUCUCGGCGCCAUUAUUUCGCCGAUGGGAAUGAUGGCAGCAGAUCUGAAGGGGGAGGGACGAAGAUAGUACGGACGGGCUUCAUCCACGAUGACCAAAGAAACGCGAUCAAGGAAGAUGUUGUCUCAGAUGCGUUUAGGACACUCAUAGACAAGAUCCCAAUACAUGUUGUUCUUGGCGGCAUGGGGUCAGGGAAGACACACCUCGUGGAGCAGGCGCAUUGUGAGGUGAACAGGAGACUCAAGGGGAGGGUUGAAGUUCCCCCAGCCUCUCGCAAGAUGCGAACGGUCUAUGUCACGUACACACCUCAACGAUCGAUGUCUCUCUUGCAAAACACUUGCAAUCUGGUCAAGGCGCUGAUGGUUGAGAUGGAAGAAUGCAAUCCGGCUCCCGAUGAUUUUUUGUUGCCUCAUUCAGAGCUGAACAAGUUCUAUGAGAUGUGCGAGAGAGAAAACUUCGAGCUUCGAGCUUGGGGAGGUAUCAAGAUGUCACUGUGUGACAUUCUGACAUCACUGUUCACCGCAUUUUUGGAUAGAAAGGGGAGUUUGAUGUUGUUUCUCGAUGGUCUCAAUGCUAUGCAGCAAAUCAUCUUCGGCAGAGCGGUUCUUAACGCUCGCAGUGAUUUGAUAGGUCGACUCAGUGGAAAGACAAAGAACAAAGGAGGGUUGGAAGUGAACAUUCAUAUCCAGGCCGUGAUCACUUGUAAUUGCCUUGCAAAGGAACUUUGUGAGCGGAAUGGCUAUGUGGUCAAAAUCCACAGGGUUGAAUGUCUGGAUCGGAAGGCGAGCUAUCAUCUGUUCCGCUCCUUGUCUCCUCGAGCAGAUGGUUCCUUAGCUCCCACUCUCGUUCCAGAGACUUCUCCUGGAAGUUUCCACGACCUGACUUGGAAAGAGGUCUCCUGCUUCAUUCCAGACCACUGCUUUCGACCGUUGACGAUCCAAUUGGUAGUAAUCUUCUCCGCACUUGGCGGGAAGAGAGAUGAAGAAGGAACAUUCAGUGAGACAUCGGAUUCUUUGAUCUUGACCUUGUGGCUGCGUAUCCUUCAGCUCCUUGAACAGAAGUUUGGCAAGGAUGCGAUCUUAGAUUGUUUCGGGUCAAAGAAUAGACAUGAAGAUUUUGACGACAGGAAUGUGCAGGUUGUGAGAUCUUUCCUGUUGCCAAUCUUGAACGAUGGACGAUCAAAAACUUCUUUGAUGCUGAAAAAUGCAAUGCUGGAACAGACUCUGCAAGAGAGGUACGAGAAGCCAAGACGAGAUUUGUUGGGUCGAUUGUUGGAUUCCAAAGUUGAGCUGCAGGGGGAUUGCAAACGCUGUGCUGCUCAGAUUAUGACAGACAUGAGCGAUGUGAGUACCAAAGAUGCUUGUCUGCAGAUUCUACAAGUUGUUUCUUGGAUUCAAGAAUUUGAAAACAUUCGAACAUUGAGCAUCGUGAAAGGUUGUGAAAGGAUGUUGAGUUCGGGAGUGAGGAGCAAUCCUUCAGGCUGCAUGCAGCUCGUAAAAUUUGUACAUCUGAAUCUUCCUUGGAACUGUAGAAAGGAUGGAUGGAAGCAAACAUUUCGUGACGACUCAAAACAGGAUGUCCCUUCGACAGCAAAGUCAUCAACGUGCACUCCUGUCUCCCAUGGAGUCAGGGGUGAGCACAGCUUUCUUAUGAAUGACAUGGAAUGGGCAAGCUAUGUCUGUAUUGAGAUGUUGAUGACGAUGUAUGAGAAGCGGGUUUGCAUCAAUGACAAGUCUUCGUGCCACACGCUCCUUAUGAUGUCGAUGAUCAUCGUCACUUUGAUGGAGUUGAAAGUUGAGCUGAAGCAAAGGACAAUCAAGGGUCAAUUCUUGAUCAAUCGUGUCUUCCUUCCAUUGUACAAUGACCUCAGAACAAACUCGCAGCAACUUCUCAGUGAUUUCAUGCUAUUUGUCCCUGAGUUGGAUGACAUGAGAAGUUUGAUUUCCUCUGGCAGGAUGCAGGAAAGCAACCAUGAUGAGCUAGUUCAUGCCAUUACAGCUCGAGAUCUCAAUAGAGUGAAAAGCCUGAUGUUGGCAUCAGCACAAUCAGAGUACAGUCCAUCCAUCUGGUGCAGAAACCCCCUUGAUGUUUGCUGUCUCAUGGGUGACCCGAGAUGGUUCGAGGACAUGAUGCAUGCGAUGAAGGAAAUUUCGACCCAAUCGAGAAAUGGAGUUCAGUUUGAACUGUCAUCCAGCACUACUCAUACCAUCGCAUGCCGAGUUUUGGCAUCUCUCAACGCUUUACAGAGAGCCCAAUCGUUGAAACCAUUCGAUGAGUUGAUGAGGGAGAACAGGGAGAGUAAGAAAGACUCCACUGAAGUGGGGAAGCAUGGGGGUAAGGGUUUCCGACAACGAUGUGCAGCUCUUAAACAGUCUUUCGAAAUUUUGAAUUUGAUUUUAGAGUACAAGAUAGACGUCUUUCAUGAAGUCGGGAACAGCGGCAAAAAUUCAUCGUUCCUCUCAUCGCUUCAAGAAUCUGAUCGGAGCCAAACAGCUGGGAUCAUGCAGAAGAUUCUGAAUGAUUUCUGCGAUCUCAACGCAGCAGCGACGAUCGGGUUUAUGUACAAAGAACAUACUGAAUUUGCGACAAGGACGAUGGCAAGGAAUUUGCCAGCCAACUUGAGCAUGGACGUGAGCUUGCAGAUGAGAUAUCAGUGGCUCUCUGCUUGUACCUCCAACACGCUCCUGCAGCAGGACGCGAUGGGUCGCACCCCCUUGCAUGCAGCAAGCCUGUCGGGAGAUGAAGAAUCUCUUGAGAAGCUGUUAGAGUUGCGAUGCGAUGUGACUUGUCAGGACUGGAAGGGGUGGAAUGUGCUUCAUGUGGCGUGUGACAGCGGAAACACACAAGUUGUUUGUUCACUUCUCAAAGCCGAUCGUAAGAUCGCCAUGGCUGUUGAUGGUACAGGAAGAACACCUUUACAUGUUUGGAACUAUCAGUCCAAUCGACACGUUUGCGAGGCCUACCGAACUCUAGCUGCCGCCUCCACUUGCUCCCCCUGCAAGUUCAUCUUCCUCUACGGUAUCACGAUUGUAUUUGAUUCUGGUUUCGUAGUUGGACACCGACGUCACAUCGACCGAAGAAGACUGCUUGGGUUUGCCAUAGAAAGCAAGAAUGAAGAAGUCGUCGAGGCCAUUGUGAGACAAAAGAUCGUCAUGAGUAACGACGAAGACAGGGUCGACCUGUCAACGCUGGGCAGAAUCUGCAAGCUCUCUCUCAAACUUGAUGUUGAUGUCUUCCGCGAACUCUGGGACAACCUGGAUGACAUCACUCGAUGGCCUUCUUACAUCUCUCUGCCUUUCAUUCACUUUGUCCAAAGUCACGCAACUUCGUACUCAAGGAACAAUCGCUCGCCAAGUGGUCAAAGGGAAGUCAUGAUGAACUCACUGCUUGAUGAGAAAAGCCUUCUCUACGUUGCUGUAUCGAACAAGAACUUCAUCAGCGUUGACAGUCUGCUCAGCUUCAAAGCAUGUCCCAAUACCGCUCAUCAGGUCCAACUCGACAAAGAGUUAAGACGAUGCGGUGUCCUCUCGGACAUCACAUCGUUCAUGUUGAGAAAUGUCAUCAACUUACCUUGUUACAAACAUCUCCCGCUUAGCCUUGCUUGUGAGACAGGACAGGCCUGUGUCGUGGACAUGCUGAUAGCGAGGGGAGCAGCACAGCUCAACGUGCUUAGUUCGCAGCCGCCUGGUGAUCAUGGUCGACAUGACGUCAGUUUCCUUUACGAAUCUCCUCUCUCCUCAUCCAUCACGGCCAAGAAGACAUCUAUCAUAUGGUCUCUUCUGCGAAAGAAUGCUGACGUCACGAUUGGGAGCUUCUUCGGCCUGCGAGCAGGCACAGACAAGUUCAGACUCGUUUACGUCUCAGCUCUUCAUCUGCUCCUGCGCGUGGCACCGACAGCAGACAGACAUUCGCCAUCGUUCUCGUCGUCUCAAUCUGAAUGGAAGAAGCUUGCAAACCUUAUGGCUGAACGGGUUGAGAGAGACGCCGAUGUGAUGUUGUACAGAGAUGAAAACGAGGACAAUGUCUUGUCCCUUUGCUGUAGAAAGCAUUACGACGAGUGCGGAUUGCAGAUAAUCAGGAAACUCACACAAAACGAAGAUCACCUUGGCAAACUUUGCAAUGAUCUACCAAAUCUUUGCAUAGCAGCUGUACGAUGCGGGAACAAGACGUUGGUGAGGGAAAUCUUCCGGCUCGUGUCAUAUCAGCAAUCGAGGAGCUCUGGAUCUCAGAAGCUUCCUGAUGGCAGCGACGACUUGCUUUUCUUCUUUCAGCACCUCUCACCAAUCAGCUCGGGCGGAAAGCAGCUUUAUCAUCACAUGCUUGAUCUCUCUUCGGGAAAGUCGUUCGUCUUGGCUGCUUUGGAGAGCAGGAAGUGGUCUUCCGUCCUUGAGAUGUGUGAGUUCUUCCUGGAAAGCAUUUUCGUGGUGAAGGUUUCGACGACCAUGACAACAAGUUCAACAUCGUUGUCGUCUUAUCCCUCUGCUGUACGGGAUCAUCUUUGUAUCACGGACGAUUUCGUGUCAAGAUGCUUCGGGGAGGCCCUGCUGCUCGCAAGAAACGUUUGCUCUGAGACGAUGCAAAGCAGCUGCAAAGAUCUCAUCAGCGACAUCGAGACGUCAUUUGUCAAGGGACUCGACGAGGGCUGCCACGACGAUCACCUCAGAUACUUGUUUCAAGACGAUUUGAACUUUGCAAUGUUGGAUCAAGACAGCAAAGUGGUGUUGAGUUGUAUGUUUGCAGUGUCUGCCAAGGCGAAGAACUUGGACGAGAGGACUGUCCAAGAGCAAAGUGAGAGGGUUCGUGACAAGAAAGCGGCUCUUGAAACGAAGGCAUCAUCAGCUCAGUCGGUGUUUGGAAGUUUGUUGGAAGAUGAGGAAGAAAGAAAAGAGACGAGUCAGAGACCAGCAGUGGCUGCAGAUGGUGGCAAGGGGCAACGGGAGGGAGGAGCAACAAGGAGGGAGAGGGUGGAUAAGAGAUUUUCAAAGGCGCAAAGGAAUCCUAUUUUGAUGACGAGGUCCUCGAGCCGAAAGCAGGAGAGUCUUCUCCUUCACCAGAAGAUGUUUGUGAGGUAUCGGGUCGACUCUGUUUCGUGCUUCAUCUCAUCUCGCCCCAACCAACGACAGACUUCUCGCCGAGAGGACUGGGAUGAAAGUCCCUCUCAUCCUCAGAUUCUCCCUCCUCAAGUGCGAGGCCUCGAUGCCGAGACUCCCGACACUUCUGACUUCCCAGCAGACGAAUCCUGGAGAUCGACAACCUCCUCCACAGGAGACCUCACCUUCUCUCCGACCUCUGCGAUGCUCUCCGAGAUCUCAACAACAGUCGGUCAGUUGGUCUCUCUGUCAAACCUGUCGCUGAUCUCCCACAGGCUGAGCUCGGACCUCGCCAAGGUCUUGGAAGUCUGCAACGAGGUGAGAGAGGAGUCAGCAGGGAACCAUUUCGCGAGGUCAUCCCGCAAUCGGGACAUCCGCCAUCUUUUUACGAGCUGCUCGGUGGACAAGGCCAUCUUCGUUGCCUUUCUGUCAUUGAUUGAUUUGAUGUCGAAUCUGCUCCUCUCCUCAGACUUGGUCAGGAUGUUGGGUCAGCAGCGCAUGGUUGCUGUCGACAGGCACGAGCCCGUUCGAGGUCUGCGCAACUCGCUGGCGGUCUGCUUCGCUGCAGCUUUUAACGACGAGGUUCUGAUGGAGGAGGCCUUUCUCGAACAUGGAUCUCCAAACUCUUUCUUGCUUAUCGAUCCCGUUGUCUGGUGGGAAACUUGCCGUCACAGGGAUGCAGCUCGAAUCACAUCAGGGACGGCGCGACUCAAAAAAGGAAUCCGAUCUACUGGGAUAGCACAUUCACUCGGAUCGAGCACAUCAAAGCUGAAGAACUUCCCCAGCGUCAAAGAACGGGAUUUGGAUCGGGUAUUUUCAGCAGAUGCAGGCAAGCUUCGCAUGUUUUCAGCUCUGUUUGCCAUGAGGAGGAGAAAUCUCAAAUGUCUUAGAAAGAUCAUCCGACAUGUUGCCUUCGUUCCUCUCGCCCAGGUCAAUCAGUUUGAUGUGGUUGAAGAUGCUUUCAACUUCUUUCUUGAUGGUUUGCAACCCUUUCUCGGCAAGCUGAGUGGCUCGAAGACGCUGAAAGAGGCGAAGUUGGAGGAGAUACUGAGAGAGAUGUUGGUGGGAUUUCAAGAGAGCACGAGAAGAACAAAGUCAGAUGUCCUAAGAUUUGAGGAUUCUUUCUCUUAUGGCUUCCAACUGGAUCAAGAAGUAGUCAAACUCGACCGGCUGAUGAUCAGAUGUAUCAGACUGCAUUGCUUGAGUACCGCAGAACACCUUUUGGAAAGACUGAGCGUGCAAGAAAUCAAAGACAACUGGAUCGACAUUGCAGAAGCUGCUGUGGAGGAAGGGAACUGCGAGUUCUUGAAAGCUUUCUUUGAGAAGAGCGGGAGCUUUCACGGCCACAAUAAUCUGGUCCCCCUUGCACUCAAGAGUGAAUCAUGGGACAUCCUUUAUGAAGUAGUUUGCUACGCUCACCGCAACAUGCCAUCACCGUGUUGGGAAUACCUCCUUACAAAGAGUUUCGGCGCUCAUGGCUCUCCUGUCUUCGCCUCUUCGUCAAGGACACAUGACGGGCAUCUCUUGGCUGUUCUGAGACGAGAGUUCAAAGUGAACAGGAAUCGUCACGUCACGCAGCAUCUCGCACCCGCCGUGAUCGAUGACGAUGACAACCUACUUCUACAGCUCAACAGCUUCGUGGACGAGUUUGACUUCCCAGUGGAUCAACCGAAUACGGUUGGGCCCAACAAGAAUCAUCGGAAUCGUCGCUACCUCAAGCACAUCGCUCGCUUCUUCCCGGAGAGAUCUCGAUCCCAAUACAACCUCACGCAGCGAAGAUGCAGCAAGAUGCUGCUGAUGGCGGCAAUUCGUCUGUACAGCACGAGACUUACACUCGAUCAAUCGUUCCAAUUCAUCGAUUGUGUCGCUGAUAUUCACCACAAGCUUUGCGGGAGUCGUUUCCUAUUGCGUAAGCUCGAAAUCGUUGUUGUCGCUUUGGCCAUCACAAACUUCUAUAUCUCUCAUAACAAUGAGAUCGACCGACAGUUUGCCGUGAAAGAGUUCCCGCGUCUUCAUGGGAUUCUGCACUCCUUUCGUCUUUCAUGCGUGGAUGGAGAUGUCACAGCCUGCACGAGUCUUCUCCUUCAACGUGAAGUUGCUUCACUUGUCAACUUGCCCAUGGGAGGCGAUGUUGCGGUUCACCUUGCUGCUCAUCGAUCGGACAAGUGGGCAGAGGGCUGGGUAGAGAAGAACCCAGGGAGAGUCAAGUGUACUUGUCUUCACCUUGCGAUCAUGUCGAGAAGGCCUGAGAUAGCACGACUGCUGUUGGACCAUCAUGCGGACCCGACCGUAGCGAUCAAAACGGUUGACAAUGACUUUGUUCAGUCCACCUUGCAUCGUUUGUUAGUCUCUGCCCCUCCUCGCUGGAGAGUGAGGAGCAAAGAUCAGCAGCUCCCAACACAGGACGGAGGAAGCGAGGAGGAUGUUUGGGAUACCCUUCUCGUUCGUGUCGUCACCGAUGAUCGUGUCAAGAUAGAGCAAGAGAGUGACAUAGAGGUCAAACACUUUCCGUGGAAGUUGGACGUGAUCUCGCUGGCAAUUUGCAAAGGUUAUGAAAGCGCUGCGCUGGCAGCGCUGAAUAGAGAAGAUGCAAAGACGUUCAUCAACGGAAAGUCUACCUUCAUAUCAGCAGUCCGUAUGGGAUCAUUGCGAUUCAUCCAGCGCUUUGUCGAAAGAGGUUUCAUCGACGGUAUGAGGCAAGAUGAUGUCGACACCAUCAUGGUGGAGCUCGAGAAGUUAAACCAUGUCUCUUCAGGAACUCUUCUCCCCCCCAUCGCAGCACAGGUCAUCUCUGCACAUCGUCGUGGGGCAUGCCACAUCAGCACCUCCGUGGCUCUGCGCCUUGCUGCGGUUGCAGGUUGUGUGGAGGAAUUAGACGAUCUAGUGCGAGCAGCGAGCGAGGACAGUGACGGGUUCAGCGAUAGCCUGUGCUUCCCUUCAGAUCCUCAGUGUCUCCAAGGCUUCUCCGGGCUUUCCCUCAUGAUGAUCUUGUCUCGGACUCGUCACCUCAAACUGAUGGGAGUUGUCAACAGGCUGAAAGUCAGCUCUCUUGAAACACAUCAAGUCUCCAGGGUCGUUGAGACAAAGAUGGGCAGGAAGGAAUUGAUUUUCAAGCUCAAUGCUCUUCAGUUCGCCAUUCUGUUUGGGACAGAAGAAAUGGCAUGCAGCAUGUUACAGUCCUUUCCAACUGCUGUCGAGCUAGAUGACAUCUCUGCCUCAUUGAACUUUCAUCCCCUCCUUGGCAGUACCAGUCUGCUCCACGUCGCAUGUGCUAGGGGAUUUGCUGAUCUGUCGACCAUGAUGCACGAACUUGGGGUGAGGAGGGAGCAACGAGAUGGGAGCGGUCUCUCAGCCUCUGACUGCCUCUGCAUGGGAUCACAACGUGAGUUCAAGGUAGGAUGGUACUUCCACGACGUUUCCUUCCUGGACAGGCGGUCUUUCAACCCCUUCGUCUCUCUACUUGCAGCAGGACGAUUGCAGUCGGAGCUUGCGCGGGACGGGGAGGGCAGGGAGGUUAAGGUCGACAGGGAAGAGCUGAGAGCUGUGUGGAAGAUUCACUUUGACGCCGCGAGAUUCAAGAUUGUCAAGAUCGUUGACAAGAGCAGCAGCAGCAGCAGCAGCAGCAGCAGCAGGCCUCUCCGGACUCCGCACAUCCGCCUCAGACGCUUUCAGGACAACCUCGGACCCUCCCUGCUUGCUGCAAUCUUCGGGGUCGGGGACGCUCAGGACCUCAGCAAUGCGUGCUGGUUCGCAGCCUUCACAGGAAACCUGUCGAAACGGGUGAUGAUGUUGUCAGACGACUUCGGACUGCUUGCUGACGACUGUCCUCUCCAGAAGUCAUUGGGCACCCUGCGAGGAGACAUGCUGUGGUCAGGGCUGUGGACGUCAGUGUUGAAGGGGCAUGGCGAGUUUGCGAGGCAUCUCCUGGAUCAGCUGGAGCCUUGCAAGUCGUUGGACGCGCUGUGGCCGAGGGUGCGGAGGAGGAAUACGCUGCAAGCCAGAGCGAAAGUUGAUGAGCUUGACUUGGACGAGAAGGAGGAGAUUCUGCUCUGGCCGCACGUAGAGAUGCCGUUGAGGUGGAUCGUCAGCAGGCGGGCAGGAUGGCAACACGAGGAGGACGAGGAAGGAUGGGAGACGCUGUGGGCUUUCUUCGAGCUUGUGAUGAUCAGCAAGUACGACGAACUUGCUUGCAAACUCUUCGAUUACUGCGUCGAGUGCGACGGGGACACCUUCAUGCACCGUCUGAACCGUCGGAGGGCCGGGCAGAAUCUCUUCAUGCUCGCCUAUAUGAACGGCAACUUUCAAACUCUCGCACUCUGGACGUCCUACGGGCUCCCCCAUGAUGUGAGCGAAUGGAUGGCGACGAGAGGCCUCGAUGAGCAAGACGUUGAAAUGUCAGAGAGAAACCUGGCUGCCUGUCUUGUACUGAUAAAGUUGGACGACAGACGAGGAAGUUCGAUUGCGAGAGGCCCGAGGAGGUUCAGAGCUUCGCCUCUCCUUCGCCUUCGCAUCCUGCAGGCCCAGGAGCGUUGGAAGGGGACCGAGUACUCCUCCUCCUUCGUCUUCCCGGACAUCGAGGCCAUCCUGUUAGCCAGGAACAGGCACAGUAGAGACUGCAUGUGGCGCGAGUGCGUGGAGACGCCAGAAGAGGCCCAGGAGGAGCAGAUGGAGGCGUCAGAUGACUCGACAUCAGCAGAUCUUUUCCGCUUCCUGUACAGCAAGAGAAUCCCUAUCACCUUUAGUCGUGCUCCUCGCUUCGGCCCAAGACUUGUGCUAAGGACUUCUGUGACAGGGCAGGAGGAGGAGGAGAGAAUGAGGGAAAUGACAGCAGGAAUGGGGAAGCUGGGUCAAGUGGACGUCAAAACCGAGGAUGAGGAUGCAGAGUUGAAACAUGAUAGACACGGAACCGGCAUGGCGGGGGAAAUGGAGGAGGAAAAGGAGGAGGGGGAAAAGGCGGCGGCGGAGGAGGAGGAGGCGACGGCAGGGGAGGAGGAGGAGGACAGAGAGAAGGAUUUCUACUGA